UGGGAAACUCCUAUACAAGGCUUAUCUGCUUUGCUUAUUUUAGCCACUAUUUGCUUCCAGUUCCUCUGUUCGGCAUUUGCAGAGGUAGCAAUGUCUACCUGUCCUAUGAGCACAUCCAGAGGAAAAAUAGAAUUUUUGUCUUGCACCCACCAAAUCCUUUAAAAAUCUUCAAAGGCAUUUGAACCUGCUGAAGGCAAGAACAGUUUGCCACACAGUUCCAAAGGUCUCCCACUUACCACGGUCGUCAGAGCAAGCAAAAUGAUCGAACCCAUUGGGAAUCAGUACAUUGUAGCCAGGCCAGUGUAUUCUGCGAAUGCUUUUGGGGAAGAACAUAAGAAGAAGCAGAGGCAUCACAAGACCUUUCUGGAUCAUCUCAAAGUGUGUUGUAGCUGUUCCACACAAAAGGCCAAGAGAAUCGCCCUGUCUUUGUUCCCCAUAGCAUCUUGGUUACCAGCCUACCGGAUAAAGGAAUGGCUACUCAGUGACAUUGUUUCCGGAAUCAGCACAGGGCUGGUAGCUGUACUGCAAGGUUUAGCAUUUGCUCUGCUGGUCACCAUCCCCCCAAGCUACGGACUGUAUGCAGCCUUUUUCCCAGUUAUAAUCUACUUUUUCUUGGGCACUUCUAAACACAUAUCUGUGGGUCCGUUUCCAGUUCUGAGUAUGAUGGUGGGAGCAGUAGUUGUGAGAUUAACCCCGUCGGAGAGUACAGCUGCUCUGGAACUCUCUAAUAGCUCGAUGAGUAAUGAUUCAUCAGCAGAUGAGUAUAAGGUGAUGGUGGCUGCCACGGUUACAAUCCUUUCUGGAAUCAUUCAGUUGCUCAUGGGAGUUCUGCAGAUUGGGUUCGUGGUGAUCUAUCUAUCCGAGUCCCUAAUCAGUGGCUUCACCACAGCUGCUGCCGUGCACGUUUUGGUUUCUCAGCUCAAGUUUAUGCUUCAGCUGAAUGUUCCUGCACACACUGAUCCAUUUUCAAUUUUCAAAGUACUGAAUUCCAUAUUCACACAAAUAGAGAAGACUAAUAUUGCAGACCUUGUGACAUCCUUGAUUAUUCUGCUGAUUGUAUUUGUGGUUAAAGAAAUAAAUCAGCGCUACAAAGCCAAACUUCCGGUGCCCAUCCCAAUUGAACUCAUCAUGACUGUGAUCGCAACAGGUGUGUCCUAUGGCUUUGACUUCAAAAACAGGUUUGAGGUGGCUGUGGUUGGGGAGAUGAAAAGAGGAUUUCAGCCCCCCAGCGCACCCGACAUGCAGAUUUUCCAGGAGACCAUCGGGGAUAGCUUCGGCAUCGCCAUCGUUGGCUUUGUGGUGGCCUUCUCAGUGGCCAGCGUCUAUUCCCUCAAGUACGAUUACCCGAUUGACGGCAAUCAGGAGUUAAUAGCCUUGGGAUUGAGUAACAUAUUCAGUGGAUCAUUCAAAGGCUUUGCCGCGAGUACUGCCCUCUCCAGAUCGGGGGUGCAGGAGAGCACUGGAGGCAAAACGCAGAUUGCUGGGCUUCUCUCUGCUAUCAUCGUUCUGAUUGUCAUUGUAUCCAUUGGAUUUCUUCUGGAGCCACUACAAAAGUCUGUCCUGGCAGCGUUAGCACUUGGGAACCUGAAGGGAAUGCUGAUGCAGUUCACAGAAAUACGAAGACUGUGGCAAAAGGAUAAAUAUGAUUGUCUGAUAUGGAUCAUGACCUUCAUCUUUGCCAUUGUCCUGGGACUCGGGUUGGGCCUGGCGGCCAGCGUGGCAUUCCAGCUCCUGACCAUUGUGUUCAGGACCCAGUUUCCAAAAUGCAGCACACUGGCGAAUGUUGGAAGGAGCAACGUCUAUAAGAAUAAAAAAGAUUACUCUGAUAUGUAUGAGCCAGAAGGGGUGAAGAUCUUCAGGUGUCCAUCUCCCAUCUACUUUGCAAACAUUCAUUUCUUUAAGCAGAAACUUAUCGAUGCUGUUGGCUUUAAUCCACUACGAAUUCUACGCAAGCGCAACAAAGCUUUGAAGAAAAUCCGAAAACUGCAGAAAAAAGGCUUGCUGCAAGCGACACCAAAAGGGAUUAUAUGUACCAAUGAUGGCUUUAAAGAUUCCGACGAAGAGCUGGACAACAAUCAGAUAGAAGGACUGGAUCAACCCAUCAAUACCACCGACCUGCCUUUCGAGAUAGACUGGAAUGCCGACCUUCCUCUCAACACUAUGGUCCCUAAAAUCAGCCUGCAUAGCCUCAUUCUCGACUUUUCAGCUGUGUCAUUUCUUGACAUCUCUUCAAUGAGAGGUCUCAAAACGCUUUUGCAAGAAUUUAUCAGGAUCAACGUAGAUGUGUAUAUUGUUGGAAGUGACGAUGAUUUCAUCGAGAAGCUUGUACAGUGUGAAUUUUUUGAUGAUGAAGUCAAGGACUCCAUCUUCUUCUUAACAAUCCAUGAUGCUGUUUUGCACAUUCUGAUGAAGAAGGAUUACAGUGCUUCAAAGUUUAAUUCCAGUCAGGAAAAACAACCGAAAUUUGAUUUUACCAUAAAUACAAAUGGAGGAUUACGUAAUCGAGAAUGUCGGGUACCAGUUGAAACAAAAUUCUAAUCAACACACAACUGGGAAGGACCCUCAUCUGACUGUCACAUAAAGAACAACCUUAUACCCAGAAAGUUAUUGAUAAGUUCAUACAUUGUAUGAGGAAUAUUUUUACUCAGCAGAAUUAUGUUUCAGACUUUGGAACGAGAUUGUUCUAGCAUCAUAUAUUUUUCACCUAUCUAGUAUAAAAUUUUGUAAAUACUCUCAAUUUUUUAUCUUGUAGAUUUCUCAAAGGAAGACAAUUUUUUGUUUAUAUGUAUUUUUAUAGCACUGACAGAUUUCCCUCCAGGUCACUAUACCUUCAUGCAUAUGUUUUGCACUGUAUUUACACCACUGCUUUGAAUCUCGUAAUUUAUACAGUUCAUAUUGUAUAAAUUCAUACUAUAUACAGUUCAUACUGUAUACAGUUCAUGCUGUAUACAGUUUAUACAGAACUGUAUACAGUUCAUACUGAUAUAUCUCCAUUUAAAAAAAAUCCAUUGUACAGUGGAUAUGUCUUGUUUUGUUAAAUUUGUUAGCUUUCUGGAAUAUGCUUGUUGUGGGUCCCCUUGGUAGAGGUCUGGCUGGAAACCUGCCACAUGAGAAUCGUCUAAAACCUCUGCAGUGAUCCUUAAUUUUGCCCAGAGUUUGUGAUUAUCACUGUAGCUUUUUAACGCAUUCAACAACCUCCUAUCCAGACUUUGACACAAUCCUUCUAAUGUCAUAUCUGUAACUAUAAUAAGCUUUGGAGGCAAGUCCUUUUCUUCCACCUCGUAGUAUGCAAAUUGUAUAAGCUAAUGAAGAUAUAAAAUGAAAAGGCAAGAAGGUGAAACACGAACAGAAAACAUGAUAGGUAAACAGUUCUUUCCAGUCUUAGAGAAAAGAAAAGAUGGUAGGACCCAGUUUGACUUUUUCUUCACUGUUGGGCAUUAUUUGUAACACACAGGGCAGAAUAAUCACUCUAGAGCUCAAUUUGGCUAGAGAAUAAGAUUCCGCAUACAUGCUUCUCUGUUUUGCUGGCAUUGUUCUCGGUACAAAUUUGUAUUUAUUUUAUGUAACAGAUAAUUUUGUAACUUUGUAAAAAAUAACUUUGUCAAUGGGGAAAUCCCAAUUGUUCUAGAUCUCGCCUUUGAAGGUUUAUUGUCAAAGCUCCCUCCCACUCUUUAUUACUGUCUUUACUGAAAGGGCUUGUCUAUUAGACUUAAACCAAUUACAGUAAGGUAAAACAAAGUUUAUUUACAUAGCUAGUCUUAAAAACUGGAACGUAAGCACUCUUUGAAGGCACGUUUCUUAAAUUUCUGAGUCAUGCAUACCUUAUAGAGCUUCCUGCGCCCUGCAGACUUUAGGGAAACACACACACAUUUUAGACAUGAUUUAUAUAUGAUGCAUUUGUAUAGGAUACUCCAUGAAUGUCAGAUUAAGAGCUCUUUCUCUGUAGAGGUCAGGGAAUAGGAAUUGGAAACAUAAGCCCAUUUCAUCCAUCAUUUGGGGGUGGGGCCAAAGCCCCACACGGGAUCGUGGCUGAUGUCUGCAUCUUCCCAAGUAAAGGUACUCUUUACACCCUUCUCGCUAACCAAAGAGCCAUGGAGCACUCCAAGCAUGGUGCCCCCAUUUCAGCCUAUUCAACCUUAACAUCUUAGAGGUUCCCUUAUCCCCACCCUUAAAUGUUUUUUUCUCCCUAGGCCUCUAAGGUGGAUAUGCUCUGGGUAUACGUGGCACUCGGCCUCUACUUGCCUGCCUAAAAGCAAUUAUUGAAAAUUGGUACAAAAAUCUGAUCCCUGAUUUAGGAAGAGGCCAAGAGAUCAUGUUGGAAGAUAAAAAUAAAAGCGACAUAAGUCAGAGCAAGACUGAAGGGGAGAAGAUACCCAGUACUGCAACCAGGAGACAGAACAGCUUGGGAAGAGACAGACACAUUACUGAAAUUAAGAAAGCUUGAAGCUAAUAACGUGCCAGUUUAUCCUUAAAAUUUUUUGCCAAUAAUUAUUUAAGAAUGCUACACAUUCUUAUCUAAAUGCAGUAGCUUACCACUUAGUGAUGCAAAUGAGAGGUUUUAAAUGCAAGCUUGGCUUUACACUGCAUAAAGGACAGACAACAGGAACCUUUAAUUCAUUUUCUGCCAUCUUCACCUGGACGUCUACAUGUCAAAACUGAUCUACUGACCUUCUCCCCCUAAUCUGCUUUCCCGGCAUCUUUUCCACCCCAGCUAACGCCAACUCCAUCCUUCUAGCUGCUCAGGUUGAAAAAUCUGUCAGGAUAUUCUACUGUCUCUACCCUUAAAAUAUAUCUAGAAUCAAUUCCUUUCAUUCUCCAAAUAGACCGCAUAAGGUAGGUACUAGGUUUAACCCCAUUUUGGGGAAAAACAAAAUAAAUCAAGGUCCAAGGAGGAUAAGUAAUUAGUCUGUUAUGUAGUUGCAGGUGGGAGAGCCCGAAUUCAGUCUAGAUGGUCCAACUCCAGAGCCAGGCUCUUAAUCAUUAGGAAAUAUUACCUCACAAAACAAAUGAACACCUGUCUAAACACCGAUCUAGCCUAAGGCAGGACUAAACUCAGGAACAAUAUAGCUGUGUUCUACAGAUUUGUUUCAAAGUCGGUAAUUCAGUACUGUACAUUGAAAAUGUACCCAGAAGAGCUUUUAGGAAACAGGAAUGUCCGGAAUCAAAUAAACUUAAUGUUACGCUCGCA